GUGCAAUCCAGAAGUUUCGUGCGGUUCGUUUUGAGGUUAAGGGUUUCACCGACUGACUUGUAUUAGCUGCUCUUCGUUUUGUUAAAAUAUCUGCGAGUAAAAAUGGCUUUAUCUGUACCCAAAGCACCCGGAGUGUCGCAAAUGCUCAAGGAUGGUGCCCGUAUGUAUAGCGGGCUGGAGGAGGCAGUCUAUCGCAAUAUCAGCGCCUGUAAGGAGUUUGCACAGACAUUGCGUUCGGCUUAUGGACCAAAUGGCAUGAACAAAAUGAUCAUCAAUCACAUUGAGAAGCAAUUCGUCACAAGCGAUGCUGGCACCAUCAUGCGCGAGCUAGAUGUGGAGCACCCGGCUGCCAAGCUUAUUGUGAUGGCCAGUCAAAUGCAGGACGCUGAGGUCGGUGAUGGCACCAAUUUCGUCGUCGUCUUUGCCGGUGCUCUGCUGGAGGCUGCCGAGGAGCUGUUACGCCUGGGCAUCACAACCGCCGAGAUUGCCGAUGGAUAUGAGAAGGCGUUGAACAAGGCUUUGGAAAUAUUGCCCCAGCUGGUGUGCCACAAAGUCGAAGAUUAUCGCGAUGUUUCCAAGGUGAAGGAAGUGCUGCGCACUGCCAUCAUGUCUAAGCAAUAUGGCCAGGAAGAUUUCCUCAACGAUCUGGUGAGCAAAGCCUGCGUCUCCAUUUUGCCCGAUGAGGGCACUUUUAAUGUGGACAACAUUCGCAUCUGCAAGAUCCUUGGCAGCGGUCUGGCCAAGUCCGAGGUGGUGCGUGGCAUGGUAUUCAAGCGUUUUGUCGAGGGCGAUAUCACCUUUGCGGAAAAGGCGAAGGUGGUUAUCUUCUCGUGUCCCGUUGACAUUAUUCAGACGGAAACUAAGGGCACAGUGCUGAUCAAGUCGGCGGAUGAGCUCUUGAAUUUCUCGUCGGGUGAGGAGAGUUUGCUGGAGGCACAAAUCAAGGCGAUUGCCGAUACUGGCGUUAAGGUUGUCGUUGCAGGCGGCAAAGUGGGUGACAUGGCGCUGCAUUACUUGAACAAAUACAAUCUGAUGGCAGUACGUCUCAACUCCAAAUUCGAUUUGCGUCGCUUGAGUCGCGCCGUCAAUGCCACAGUGCUUCCCCGCAUUACGACGCCCAGCCAGGAGGAGUUGGGUUAUUGCGACAAAGUCUGCAUCGAGGAACUGGGUGAUACCACAAUUGUGGCCUUCAGAAAUGAAGGCAAGGACUCACGCAUUGCCACUAUUGUUAUUCGAGGCGCCACAGACAACUUUAUGGAUGACAUUGAGCGCGCUCUGGAUGAUGCCGUUAACAACUUUAAGUGUUUAACCCGUGAUGGUCGUUAUUUGCCCGGUGCUGGAGCUACUGAAAUAGAGUUGGCCACACAACUGGCUGCUUAUGCUGACACAUUGCCCGGCUUGGAUCAGUAUGCGGUGCGCAAGUUUGCCAAUGCUCUGGAAGUGUUCCCCAAGGCGCUGGCCGAAAAUACUGGCACCAAUGCCACUGAGAUUGUCAACCAAUUGUAUUUGGCCCACAACGGCGAGAAGGGCAAAAAUAUUGGAUAUGACAUAGAGGCAGAGACAGCGGCAACAGUCGAUGCGGUGGAAGCGAAAAUCUUUGAUCUGUAUCAAGCCAAAUUCUGGGGUCUCAAAUAUGCUGUUGGUGCAGCUGCAACCAUUCUGAAAGUGGAUCAGAUUAUCAUGGCUAAGCGUGCUGGCGGUCCAAAGCCACGACAGGCUGCAGGCAGUGAUGAUGAAAGUUAAACUUAUUAAACAUUUAUUAAAAUGUAUAACUUAAUAAUUGUAGUACUCCAUCGGGCGAAGAAAAGAAUUAUAUAUGUAUUUUCAUAUGAGAGUAUUUACACGAAAUUACAAAUUUCAUUAACAAAGCAAAACACAUACACACACAAAUAAUACACUCACCCAUACACAGCUUCUUGUAUUAAUAAACUAAAAUUACAAAAACUG